UGUCGUCCACUGCUGUACCUGCCUGCUAGCUAGAGUGUGUCUGUGUGUGUAGUCCACUGCUGUACCUGCCUGCUAGCUAGAGUGUGUCUGUGUGUGUAGUCCACUGCUGUACCUGCCUGCUAGCUAGAGUGUGUCUGUGUGUGUAGUCCACUGCUGUACCUGCCUGCUAGCUAGAGUGUGUCUGUGUGUGUAGUCCACUGCUGUACCUGCCUGCUAGCUAGAGUGUGUCUGUGUGUUUAAUACACAUGUUGGACUACGCCCUUGGACUUGACCUUUGGACUACCUGAGGUAGUUUACCUGGCUUUCAGCUGUUGUCGAAGCUCACCAGGUUUUUCACAGGUACUGUCUCUGACCUGCUGGAGUUCACCUGUCUCGGGGUGUUGACCUGUGUAUAUCUGACUGACUGGGACUUACUACCUCUGUUGGAGUUCACCUGUUAGAGGGAGCUCAGCUGUGUAUCAACACGUGCCUCUCUGCUACUGGAGGUUACCUGUGUGAAGGAGUUUACCUGUGUGAAGGAGAUUACCUGUGUGAAGGAGUUUACCUGUGUGAAGGAGAUUACCUGUGUGAAAGAGUUUACCUGUGUGAAGGAGGUUUACCUGUGUGAAGGAGGUUUACCUGUGUGAAGGAGUUUACCUGUGUGAAGGAGUUUACCUGUCUGACUGAAACACCUGUUGGAAUUCUGACCAACUAAUUAUUUGGAGCUUCUCUCUCCUGCUGGGGUUCACUUACCUCAGAGCAGAGACCUGCAUCCUCCAGCUGUGUGUGUGUGUGUGUGUGUGUGUGUGUGUGUGUGUGUGUGUGUGUGUGUGUGUGUGUGUGUGUGUGUGUGUGUGUGUGUGUGUGUGUGUGUGUGUGUGUGUGUGUGUGUGUGUGUGUGUGUGUGUGUGUGUGUGUGUGUGUGUCAGGAUGAUGGAAGAAGUGUCUAUCAGGGUGGCAUAUGACACCCACAUCAUAGACCAGAUGACCGAGGAGGAGAUACUGGCCUGCCUGAUGGCCGAGUCUAUACCCAAACACACGGUUCCCAGUAAGAAGGCCACACCAAGAGAGAACCAGACGCAACAACAGGAUGACCACGUAGAUAGAUACCAGAGGGAGAACUGUCAGCUGCAGCAGGACAGUCUGCGUCUAGAGCAGGAGAAUGAUGUUCUGGCCCACAGACUGAUCACCAGCAAGAUCUCCCUGAGGACUGACCUGGACCAGGCGGAGGACAGAGUGAAUGAGCUGACCAAAGAGCUGCUGAAGACCAGAAAGAGAUUAAAGAACGCAGAGGAGGAGAAGAGAGGGAAAGAGGAGGAGGCUGCUCAGUUGAAGGAGGUGUUAAGGGCAAAGCUGGACAAGGCUGAACCAGAGGUGAAGAGGAGCUCAGGCAUCAUCUCAGACUACAAACAGAUCUGUUCCCAGCUGACCAGUCGGGUGGAGAGGCAGCAGGCGGCCCACAGAGAGGACCUGGACAAACUCAGGAAUGCUGUGCUGGCAUGUUCUCGCUGCCGACAGGCUCUAGAUUCUCCUGUUAUGGAAGGCUUCGGUUCCACAGCCCCGUACCAGAGAAGUAUCAGCACCAGAGAACCAGGCCAGCAGAGAGACCAGGAAACAGAACCAGACCAGCAGACGACUGGUACCAGGGAACAAGACCAGGAGAAGGUGUGUCUGAGUGGCCAGGUCACAGAGCUGGAGAAGGAGCUGGCCCAGACUAAACUACAGAUGGUGGAGGCCAAGUGCAAGAUCCAGGAGCUGGAACACCAUAAGGGGGUGCUGCAACGUGAUCUCCAGACAGCUAGGAACAGCUGGCUCAGUAAGACUGUGAGCUCCAUACGGUCAGCCGGAGGGGGUCUGCAGAGCAGCAGCCUACCCAGUGGGAGAGCCUCAGAGCAAUGGGGCGUUCUCUCCAGGGCCACCCCCUCUCAGCCUGGAGCUCCAGGUGACUGUCAUGGGCCCCCAGGAAGGACCGGGGGGAGACGUCUGACAGAGAGAUGGAAGGGAGGGGAGAGACAGCAAGAGGACAUACUGAGAGUAUAGAUAAUAUGUAUUGGAAUGAUUAGACAUGUCUAUUGGUGACUGUUUGUUUCUGCAUUCUAGUCCCUAUUUUGGUUUUAUUUGUUAUUGUCAUUUUUUAUUUUCAAUAUUUUAUUAUUGAUACAGGAAUUGUAUGUUUUAUGUAUUGCUUUGGCUGCAUUGUGUUGUCCCUAAAGCGUGUGAAUAACUGAAUCCAAUGAUCAAACCAUACAUCCCAAUGCUAACACUCCUUUCUGCACACACACACACACACACACACACACACACACACACACACACACACACACACACACACACACACACACACACACACACACACACACACACACACACACACACACACACACACACACACACACAACACUUUAAACAAAACUCCAAACUGGUAUUACUUGUAUGGCACCCAGUACUUCAUUCAAAACCUUUCAUUGUGCUUUCAUUUUUUGAUUUGAUUUGUUACAUACAGUACAUCUCUGAUCUUGUCAAUAUCAGAUUUUCUUUUUAACUUACAGUGAAGUAAAAUCAAUAGUCAUCAUUGUAGUACAUUCAAGUAUAUCUCCAUACUUUUCAUGUUUCUACAUUUACAGACAUUUUCAUUAAGUAGUUCUCAAAAUCUGUAGCAGACAAACCAGUUCACAUGUAAAGUCAGCCAGGUCACCCGGGAUACAAGUCAGUAUUCAACGUCCAUCCUUAUCUGAGGAUGUCUGGAGAUGAUGUGGAAAUCGGCCACUAGGAGCAACGAUGAACGCUGUUGCCUUCAAGUAGGUUGUGAUUUUCAUAAGCAUCUGCCUCUGAUUCCAAAUUUUGGAAGUUUGAAUUCAGCGAUAGAAAGUUGUUUUUGAGAUAGUUGUUUUAAGCCUAUCCCAAACCUUAACCCUUACCGUAACCGUUUGGAGUUAAUGCCUAACCUUAAGAUUUUGGAGUUCAUGUCUAAACAUAACCUUGAACAUUUAGAAAUUUGCCGUUUGCAACAACUUCGAAAUUUGAAGUUUGAGAAACAUGGAUGAACGUGUAAUUAUGACGUGAGACUGUGAGAGCAAGUUGUGUAAUGUAUAGGUUUACCAAACAUAUACGUGAUCAUCAAUUUAGAGCAGUCUGAUUAAGUAAUAGUAAAUGGUCUUUUAACAAAAGAGAAGAGAAACAUAUCAAAAGUGAGCAUCGUAUUGUGCAUGGCAGUUAUGUUAUGUGAACAUGUAUUUCCAGAUGAAACACUGAUUAAGUGUGGUGAAAAUGUGACUGUAUGAUUUUGAUUGUGAAAUACUUAGUCAAUUGAAAAUGUGCUUAAAGUUUUGAAACA